ACCUCUGCGCGAGACACAACGGAGAGGAGCAGGUGGAGCGCGAGCGGGCGGACUUGAAGUGAAGCAACAGACUGGAGGACUUUUACAUUUGUUAUCUCUCUGUCGGACAAAAAGGACGGGAAAGGUGGGCACUGGGGAAAGCAACACACGGCUGCUGGAAGUUGACGAGCUCGGAUUCUCCGCCGUCUGUGUAAGAAGAAGUGACGGAAAAGACAACUGUCUCUACAAGAGGUAGCAGCCUCUCAGCAUGCAGCACUACGGGGUGAACGGCUACUCUCUGCACGCCAUGAACUCCCUCAGCGCCAUGUACAACCUGCACCAGCAGGCCGCGCAACAGGCGCAGCACGCGCCAGACUACCGGCCCUCCGUGCACGCGCUCACACUGGCAGAGAGACUAGCUGACAUCAUCCUGGAGGCUCGCUACGGCUCUCAGCACCGCAAACAGCGCCGGAGCCGCACGGCCUUCACCGCGCAGCAGCUGGAAGCUCUGGAGAAGACUUUCCAAAAGACCCACUACCCGGAUGUGGUGAUGAGGGAGCGGCUGGCCAUGUGCACCAACCUGCCCGAGGCCCGUGUACAGGUUUGGUUCAAAAACCGCAGAGCCAAGUUCCGCAAGAAGCAGCGCAGCCUCCAGAAGGAGCAGCUCCAGAAGCAGAAGGAGGCGUCAGGGGAAGGAAGGAGCGAGAAGGAGGACGCACCUCCCUCCACAACUAUCCUUCCCGACACCCAGCUCCCUCCUCCAUCCUCCUCCUCCUCGUCUCUGGAGACAGAGGGUCCUGUAGUCCGUGUUGUACCGCUGGACAUGGAGCUCAACGUCACGUCCGCAGAACACUCUGGCAGCGAGUCGGCGACCGAGGACAACGCCACCGAUAAGGAGGACGAGAGGAAAUCCCAGAGAGAGGAGAUGAAGUGUGAGAGAGCAGCGACUCCCGGCGACGUUUCUCCAGGUUGCAAAAGACUCAGCCCUAAACCAGACUCUCCCCUGGUUUCUCCGUCCGUGACCCCCCCCUCCUCCUCCUCCUCCUCCUCCUCCAGCGGCGGCCUGGCCAGCAGCGCCCCCCUCUCUCAGAGCCACUCUUACUCCUCCUCCCCCCUCAGCCUGUUUCGUCUGCAGGAGCAGUUCCGCCAGCACAUGGCUGCCACCAACAACCUGGUGCACUACCCUGCCUUUGACCUCACCGCCCCAUCUUCCCUUCCCUACCUUGGGAUGAAUGUCAACAUGCCCCCCGCGCCGCUGGGCUCUCUGCCCUGCCAGUCUUAUUACCAGUCCCUGUCCCAUCACGCCCAGCAGGUGUGGAACAGCCCGCUGCUGCAGGCGUCGGCUGCAGGCGGCCUCGCCAGCCACAACAGCAAGACCACCAGCAUCGAGAACCUGCGUCUGAGGGCCAAGCAGCACGCCGCCUCGCUGGGACUGGACACAAUGUCUAACUGAGAAUCCGAUCGUAUGGAGGACAAUGUAAACUAGGCCUACACAUCAGCCCAUCCCACUGCGUGUCUGCAUGUGUGACUGUGAUAGUUCUUUAGGAGCCGUAUACUGAAGCCCUUCUCAAGUAGAUGGGCAGAGGACAUGCAGAGAUGUCCAAAAAUAAAUAAAAAAAACAUGCCAUCAUGCACUGGACCUACAGAACUCCAUUUAACAGCUUUUCAAGGCAGACCACAACUUCCAACAGCUGGUCUGACUUCUCCUAGCUUCCGUUGCAGCUCAAGGUCCAAACACAUAAACCCUCUGGAAAAGAGAAGGAAUGUCCCGACUCAAGAGGACAGAGAACGUCAUUUGAUGACGAUGUUUCCAACACAUAAUGCUGGACCUUCUUCACAUCAGAAAUAAUUCCAAAAAAAUCAACAAUGUACACAGCUGACGAUGGAUGCACUCGGUUUAAAAGACAAUGCAAAUAAUGUUUACAAGAAUAAUGUGAAUAAUGAGGCACUUUUGAAGGAAUUAGGCCCGUUGGCCAGGAGGGGAAAAAGGGAAUCGCUUGUGCAGCAAAGAGAGCAUUUCAGUCACGGGACCAUUGACAUUUCAAUUAAGCAACAUGGUUAUGUACAUAGCAUGUACUACAUAACAGCGCAUAAAUAAAAACUUCAAACGAUGUUGUCCUCAACAGCAUAAUUAAAAGUGACUAAUUUACCAGUUUAGUGGCCAGUAAUAUGCCACUUUGUACAGAGGCUGGCUUGAUAAUGAGAAAAUGAUUUCAGUGACUAAAUUCUCAAAGCUUUUAAUUACAUUUUGCCCUGGGCUGAGGGAGCUGGGGCAAAUGCAAUUAUGAACAUGCAUACCAUUUAAGACCGUCUUUAUGAAUUCCAAAAGGUCCGCGCACUAAAACGCUCAAUUAAGGUAGCAACAUGAUUGGAAUCACUCUACCAUCGAUCAAUUCCCUUUGAAUACAAAAUGAUAUGGUAAACACAUUUGGACAGUUUUGAAAAAAAAAAAAAAAAAAAAAAAACCCCGUCUCGACCCAUAUUUUGUCAGCAGUUAUUCUCGCUUUAAUAUUCUCUUGAGGAAACAUGCAGCUUUUCACCGAAAGUCAGACCGACUGUUAGCACUUGAGGAGAAUCACACACAUCUCGGAUGUUUUCUGUUAAUGUGUUCUGGAAGCUAAUGGGAAAAAAAAAAAAGCACAUUAUUUUAAUAUUUAAAAUACAAAAAAAAGUCUAUCUAUUAAUGUUUACUGGUAAGGUAAUUGUAAAGUCCCUAUUAUGUUGUGUAAUUGAUAAUGGACUCUGUCUCAGAUGAAAUUUCCUUUAGCUGUCAGAUUGUAAGAUUGUAUUUGCUGAGCUCACCGGCAGCCCCGUCUACCCCUCCUCUCUUGGUUGUCUGUGUUAACGCUGCUGGGUUGGAUUCCUAUUUUCAAUAUGUUCAGUUUCUUCGCGGGAUUUGGCUACAAAGAAGCAAUUUAACAAAUAUGGAUUGCUGGGAAACCGUCACCUUCUGUGUGUUGCAAUCCAGACAGGAACUCCUGAAGUCAAAGAAAGUUGAACAGAUUUCAGUGAACUUACCUCCUCUGUGUACUGCUGUCUUGACUCUAUUUAAGUUCUGUUGUUGCUAUUAUUCUAAUGCUGUUCCCCCCCCCCCACUGUCUCUGUCAAACUACUUAGUCCAGUGGUAGAUAGAUGUAUUAUGGUGGAGGAGAGAGUGAGCGGACCAUCAGCAGUGUUGUUUCCU